AUGCAUGUUCCUGUCAUGACAACGUGUGGGCACAAUUAUUGCUACAGCUGCAUCUCUCAUUGGCUUGUUAGCAACAAUGCCACCGAAUUAACAUGUCCCCAGUGUCGUGUUUCCAUAAAGGAGCCACCUGCACUUAACUCAGCCUUACAACAGCUUUGUGGAACGAUUGCAGAUGAAAUACAGGAUGAAAAUUCUACGAUUGUGACGACUAGAAUUGAGUGUAUUGCACAAUACAAGAAGGAUGUCAGCACUGGCAACAUGUUUCACAAUGUCUUCGGUAACACUGCAAUUGCAGUUGUGGACGAUGACGACGGUGUUGCGAGGUGUAGUAAUUGUCAUUGGGAAGUCGAAGGAGACGUGUGCCCUCAUUGCAACUCAAGGAUGAGAAACAGAAUGGCUAUAGGCGACGAUCAGGGCAUCGAUAGCGAUGAGUACUCGGAGGACGAACUAGCAGAGCUGCGAAAUGGGACUGCCGGCGAAGGGACGGAUCUGGCCAGAAUCUAUGAUUUGGAGGCAUCAAGCGAGGAUGGCUCAGAAGGCUCAGAAAGCUCAGAAGAAGCAAUUUCAGCAAGACGACCAAGGGCCGGCUCCGACGAUCGAGACCGCUCCGAUGUCUCAGAGCGGGAAUCAGUGGACUCAGAUUUGAACUCAUUUAUAGUUGAUGAAGAUGAUGCUGAAGUUGGUGAUCUCUCUGAUGCGGUGAGUUUACCGGAAAAUGAUGGCCAUAAGCUGCACGGCGCUAGUUCCGAUGAUCGCGAGAGUUACGAUAGUGACUUUUACGAGCACAACGACGAAGGUGGUUUUGUCAGCGGUGAUAGCCUUGACGAUGGGACUGCAAGUGAGUCUGAAAUACCUCAGGAAGACGACGCCAACGCAGCCCCACUGGCACGCAAAAGACGAUUUCAUGUCGUCAUUGACAGCGACGAGGACGACUAA